CAGUGUUUUGAUGUGGUUGAACGGUUGCCAUGGUUACUAAAGUUUGAUUAAACCUCUCAAGUAAAAAAAAAUUAAACAUACUUCUACGAGACGUUUCUAACUCUGGAUGAGUGUAAAAGUGUCUUAAACUGUCUGGUUUUAUUUCAACUCUUCUCUAAUUUCUAUUUUUGUAAAUGAUUUUUUAUAAAACCGCAGCUGCAUUAAACUCUGUCACCUCUGAUAGAAACGGAAGCCGCACUGCGCCUGCGUGACACAAACCAACCGUCUUCCCGUCAUCUCGUGAACGCGCCUCCUACACUCCAUAGAUAUACUACACUCGCCCUGAAUUCUACGAAUUCCUCUCGCGGGAUUUGAAUAUUCAUGAGGCAGCAGCUCGAUCCUGAUUGGCGGGACGGUUUCAAAACAUUGGAGCACGUCUGCGCUCUGAUUGGCUGCUGAAGGGCGAAGUGGGCGUGGCCAGCCAGAGUGGUAUAAAAACGGAAGAAAACAAACAAGCGGAGGUUUAGGCGGUCGGAGCCGCAGUUUGUCAGAGAAUUUGCCGUUGAAACACCGGAAAGUUCAUUAACGGACGCUUUCAGUAGCAGAAUUUGGACUAAAAACCGGGAAAACGACGCAGAUAAACGAAGACUUUAGUCUGUUUAAGGUGGGAAACGUUUCAACCGAAGCGGAAUCCGAGCAGCAGGAUGUAUUUAAUCCGCUUCAACUGACGGAAAACUUCCAGAAAAUGUUGGAGAAAAGUUCUGCGGAACUCCGGGAGGAAGAGCCGGUCCGGAAGAACGUGAAGGAACCGUUCUGCAGCCGCUACAGCUGUGGUUCUCUGCUCGGCAGUGGAGGUUUCGGUUCCGUGUUUUCAGGCCAGCAGCUGUCGGACGGACUGCAGGUGGCCAUCAAACAGAUCUCCAGUGACAGCGUCCAGCAGUGGGCCCGGCUGCCAGGCGAGGCAGCACCGGUUCCCAUGGAGAUCGUUCUGUUGCAGCGGCUGUCUGAGGUCGGAGGUCACGGAGGCGUGGUCCGUCUGCUGGACUGGUUCCAUGUGGAGGGGCGGGGCUUCCUGCUGGUUCUAGAGAGACCCCCCCAGAGCCAGGACCUGUUCGACUUCAUCACCGAGAGGGGAGCGCUGCCAGAACGCCUCGCACUCAGGUUCUUCCGUCAGAUUGUGGAGGCUCUGCGGUUUGUUCACGCUAACGGCGUCGUCCACCGAGACAUCAAAGACGAGAACAUCGUGGUGGACACCAGAACGCUGGACGUCAAGAUCAUCGACUUCGGCUCUGGAGCACCGCUCAAAGAGACGCCGUACAGCGAGUUUGAAGGUACGCGGGUCUACAGUCCUCCUGAGUGGGUGGAGUCUCAGUCGUACCGGGCAGUUCCUCUGACCGUCUGGUCUCUGGGGGUUCUGCUCUUCGACAUGGUUUGUGGCGACAUUCCGUUUGAGCGCGACCAGGAGAUCAUCGAGGCCACGCCCCUCUUCACCAGGCGCAUCUCUAAAGAAUGCCAGUCUCUGAUUCGCUGGUGUCUGUCCUACCGGCCCGAGGACCGGCCCACCCUGGAGCAGGUUCUGACCCACCGCUGGAUGGACCGAGACCUGGAGGACGACGAGGAGGACCGGGGAGACCUGCAGGGGGGACCCAGCUCCCUGCCGGGACAGUCCCUCUGAACCAGGAGAACCUGAGGAACCGGUUCUAGACUGUGAAGGAUCUCCUCAGAUUCUGGACUCAGAAAAGUUCCAAUCAGCUUCUUUAAUUAAACCUGACUGUAUCAAGUUCUGGUCCUGGUCCAGCAGAUGACUGAGUUUGAACACUGGACAUAUUUAUUGAGUCUCUCAGCUGUUUAUUGAUCCCUGCUGGUUCCUGAUCACUUAUUUAUUGAUUGAUUAUUUAUCAGGUUCAGGUAAACGGAUCAGUCAGAACCAAUCGAUCGGAUCGAUCAGGAGGAGAUCAAUGAUUAUCUGAAAACAGUGAUGCGUUUUAGCGUCUCAUCCAGAGAAAGCUUCUCUAUUAUUGAUUAUUGAUCAGUUGAUCAGUUAAAUGUUCUAAACUCUGGUUCGAUUCUAACCUGCUGAUCCUGUUUGGAGCUGAACUCACCUGGACAGGUAGCUGAAGGUCAGGAGCACGCAGGAUGUGAGUCUGUUGAUACUUUCUGUGUUUUUGUGCAUUUCUGUUUUCUCUAAAGUGGUUUUUCGUCACUUUGUUCCGUUUAUUUACAUUAAAUAAGAAUUUAUGGAUCGAAGAAGAAAAACGAUCCGACGUUUGAAUAAAAGUCUUUAAAGAG